AUGACGAUGGCCAGCAGGGGCCCCGCCGGGAGCGGAGGAGGAGGAGGAGGAGGAGGAGGCGGAGGCGCCGCCUUGGGCCCCGAGGAGGAGCAGGGAGCCGAGCAUCCCCGCCGCUGCUAUCCCGAGCUGCCGGCCAAAGGCUUGCUCCGCGGAGGAGCCGAGGAGGAAGAGCAGGACCAGAGCCAAGAGGGGCUGCUGCUGCUGCCGCUGCCGCCCCGGGCCUUGCCGGCUCUGGGCACGGGGAUCAAGGCAGAAAUUCAUUUUAGCAGUGAACCCCUGUCUUCAGAGGAAGAGAAUGGAGAGCCCCAUGAAAGACAGAUGACAUCUCUCAACAAACACUUGGCUCCAAAGAAAACCAUCACUCAGAUUAUGAAGGAUAAAAAGAAGCAGACUCAGCUCACCUUACAAUGGCUUGAAGAGAACUAUAUUGUAUGUGAAGGAGUUUGUUUGCCAAGGUGCAUCCUGUAUGCACAUUACCUGGAUUUCUGCAGGAAAGAGAAACUUGAACCAGCCUGUGCUGCAACAUUUGGCAAGACUAUUCGCCAAAAGUUUCCUCUUCUCACCACAAGACGACUGGGCACAAGAGGUCAUUCAAAAUAUCACUAUUAUGGAAUUGGCAUCAAAGAAAGCAGUGCAUACUAUCACUCUGUGUAUUCUGGGAAAGGUUUGACAAGGUUUUCUGGGAGCAAGAUGAAGAAUGAGGGUGGAUUCACCCGGAAAUAUUCCCUGAGCUCCAAAACAGGAACACUUCUUCCAGAAUUCCCCAGCGCUCAGCAUCUUGUUCUGGACAGGUGCAUCUCUAAAGACAAGGUAGAUACCCUUAUCAUGAUGUAUAAAACCCACUGCCAAUGUGUCCUUGACAAUGCCAUUAAUGGCAACUUUGAAGAGAUCCAGCAUUUCCUGUUACAUUUCUGGCAAGGAAUGCCUGACCACCUUCUCCCCCUGCUUGAAAACCCUGUGAUCAUUGACAUCUUCUGUGUUUGUGAUUCUAUACUAUACAAGGUUCUGACAGAUGUCCUCAUUCCUGCAACUAUGCAAGAGAUGCCAGAAAGUUUAUUGGCUGAUAUUAGAAGUUUUGCUAAAAAUUGGGAACACUGGAUUGUUUCAUCAUUGGAAAAUCUUCCAGAAGAUCUCACAACAAAGAAGCUACCAAUUGCACGAAGAUUUGUAUCUUCUCUGAAACGACAAACAUCUUUUUUGCACUUAGCCCAGAUUGCUCGACCAGCUCUUUUUGAUCAACACAUUGUGAAUGCCAUGGUUGCUGAUAUUGACAAAGUUGAUCUGUACAGUAUUGGGUCUCAGGCAUUGCUUGCAGUUUCUGGAAGCAUGGAAUCAGAUGGGGAGAGCUACAUUGAAUAUGACUCUAUUACAGUGUUCCAAGAACUGAAAGACCUUUUAAAGAAGAAUGCCACUGUGGAGUCAUUUAUUGAAUGGCUGGAUACUGUGGUUGAGCAAAGGGUUAUCAAGGCAAGCAAACAGAAUGGCCGAUCACUAAAGAAGAGGGCACAAGACUUUCUUCUCAAAUGGAGUUUUUUUGGAGCUCGUGUUAUGCACAAUCUCACUCUGAACAAUGCAUCAAGCUUUGGUUCAUUUCAUGUAAUCCGCAUGCUUUUAGAUGAAUAUAUCUUGCUUGCCAUGGAGACCCAGUUCAACAAUGACAAAGAACAAGAACUCCAGAACUUAUUGGACAAAUAUAUGAAGAAUCUAGAUGCCAGUAAAGCUGCUUUUACAGCAUCCCCUAGCUCUUGUUUCCUAGCCAACCGCAACAAGGCUGGUACAAUGUCUAAUGAUGCUUCAGUGAAAAACGAAUGCCUUUUGGAGCAAACCUACUUCCCUGUGUCAGCCGGUCAACUCACUGGCAUAUCCUCUAGUCUGAAUCCCUUUUCCAUAGGAAACAAUGAGAAUAUGCAGCCGACGGGUCAAGUGGAUCAUUAUCAUAGUGGUGAACAUCUCAUGACUCCACCCAUUUCCCCUGCCAUGAUCAGUCGAGGAAGUGUGAUCAACCAGGGACCCAUGGCUGGAAGACCUCCAAGUGUAGGCCCAACACUGCCUACACAUUCCCACUGCUCUUCAUAUUCAGAACCCCUUUAUCAGACACACAUGUCACAAACUAACCAAAACUUCUAUGGUGUUGGUUAUCCGGCCAUGUUCAGAGCCCAGGUGCAUCCAGCCUCUGGAGCCUAUCAACAGCAUAGGGUGGAACCCAGCCACUUGACAACCACGAAUGAGCAACAGCGCUUCUCCAGAGACUACUUCAGCAGUAGCUGCGCUGUGUCUCCUUACAGUACCAGGUCUCCUUCUCACUAUGGAUCCUCUUCAAGUGUGCAGGACACACACAGCGUGCAGUACUUGAACAGUGGGGGCUACAACUUUAUGAACAAUUCUGCAACCAAUUCUUGUCAGGCCUCAUCAUAUUCCUCAACUGCUUCCAAUGGUUUCUAUGGAAACAAUAUAAACUAUUCUGAAUCCCACAGACUUGGACCUAUGGUAGAUCAGCAUGUUUCUGUUAUCAGCAGCAUAAGCAGCAUUCGACCCCUGCCUCCAUACAGUGACAUUCAUGAUCCACUCAGCAUCUUAGAGGAUACUGGAAGGAAACAGGGAACAUCCUAUUACUCAGAUGCUUCCAUAGCAUGCCGAAACCCUAUCAAUUCAGAUAUGCAGCCUGCUCUAUCUGCAUCCUCCUCCCAAUGUAUGUAUGGACAUUCUCGACAGUGUCCUUCUCAGGAAACAAUGGACUCUUCUGGACAAGGCAGCAGUGAGAUGGUAUCGUCCUUACCACCAAUCAACACUGUCUUCAUGGGAACUGCUGGUGCUGGAGGCACCUAAGUUAUAGAAGUAGAUGCAUUUCUUCUUAUUCAAAUGCUUCACAACUACCACACCACCUCCUGUGAUGACUGGAAUGGAAAAGUGGACAUGCUCACCCAGGAUUUACAUCUGAUUAGAAAUGUAUUAGCUUGCACUACUGUAAAGCUGUAUUCUUCCCCCACUUCUCUUUCCUUCUCCUUUUUUCUUUUUCCUGUCCUUUCCUUUUCCCCAUUUUUCCUUUUUCUUUUCCCUUCACUCUCUCUUCUGUUUUCUUUUUUUAUGGCUAAAGCCACUAUGCUCCAACAUUUGUGCUUAUGCACUUGCAAUCCAAUUAUUAUGGCCCAUAAUUACAAGGAGAAGGAGGAGAGAAAGAAGGAAGGAAGGAAGAAAAGAAGAUAAUUCUUCUGAUAUUUACUUAUUAAAAUGCUUCUUCUGUCCCUCUUAUAUACUUUUUGUUAUGUAAAAACAAAUAAUUAUUUAAUUGAUAUGAUUUUCUUUAUUUAUUCAGACUGCAAAGUUGUUUACACAAAGUUCUGUUGACCAGAUUGACAAAAAUAUGUGUUCUACCUCCCACAGAAAUGUUUACAAGGCUCUUGUUUUUUUUAAAAAAAAUACUUCAGACCAGUCUAGACCAAGCUUACAUUUUCCAAUCUCAUAGAUUAAAGAGCUCAUUUCAAGUAGUUUGAGUGGCAAGCUCA